CCUACAGGUUUAAAUAUAAAAAUGGUCGAGAACUCAACAGAUUACCUCUAUCAAAAUGAUCUGUUUCGCAGUGAUCUUCGCACUUCCCUUUCUCGUUGAAGGCUGUGGACAGAGGCCAAUGACACGUGUGAUUGGCGGAGAAGACGCCGCUCCACACUCCUGGCCUUGGCAGGUCUCUCUGCGCGUGCACGGUCGCCAUAACUGUGGAGGAACCCUAAUCCACCCUGACUGGGUGGUCACUGCAGCACACUGCGUGUUGCGUAACCCUAGCCCAAGUGGUUACACCGUGGUAUUAGGUGCCCACAUGCUAACUGGAACCCAGACUUCGGUACAACAGACAUUCAAACUGAAGCAGUUGCACAAGCACAGCGGCUUUACAAUGAAUAAUCUGCGCGAUGACAUAGCCGUCCUUCAGCUUGAUCGGCCCGCCACCCUCAGCUCCAAGGUGAACGUGGCCUGUUUGCCUACCCAGCCAUCAACUGUGGGAUCCAAAUGCUACAUUACAGGCUGGGGACGAACCUCGGGUUCACAUGACGUCCUCCCUGAGCCCUUACAACAAGCCAUGCUCCCUCUCGUCUCCAAUGCUGAAUGUCAAAGGAAGUACUCAAAGGUCAACGCAAAGGCUCACCUCUGCGCCGGUAGCGGUCAAGCGGCAUCUUCAGGGGGGUGCAACGGAGAUAGUGGAGGUCCCCUCGUAUGUGAGGAAGGUGGUCGCUGGAUCCUUCGUGGUGCUGUUAGCUUUGGCAAAAGAAACUGCCCGACUACACACUUUACAGUGUUCGCUCGAGUAUACAGCUACCUUGACUGGAUAAACAGCAAGAUCGGUGGAAUUGCACCGCCACUGCCUCCCCCGACACCUUCCCCGACAGGUGGCCCACCACCAACAUCGACACAAGCUCCACCACCCCCUCCUCCAGGCUGCAAGGACCAGUGGGUGGCGUGCUCUGGAAUGAAACAUUAUUGCAACAUCUCGGGUGCUAUUAAGCGCUUGUGCCCCAAGAGCUGUAACACAUGUUAACAAGCUUUCAAGUUAAAGAAAAACUUGUUGGAAAAUAAAAUGCCUUGAAUCAUA